GUGGAGGAGCAAAUUCCACAACAAACUCGGGAGGAUUUUUUGAGAGAAAAAUCUACAGGUGAAACAACCAUGAGUGACUCUUUCGUUUUAUUAAACAAAUGCGAGGUCGAACGUUUGCUCAGUUACGAUGAACUAAUCCCCAGACUUGAGUCUGUCAUGGGAAAGUUUUCUAAAAGGGACAGUUCAGAAAUAAUCCAGCCUGUGAGAUCUGUGGUCCCUAUACAGCCAUACAAUGGGUUUUUGGGUGUGAUGCCUUCAUAUAUGGCCGCUGAUGGUAUUCUAUGCACUAAGAUGGUAACUUUCUACCAGCGUGCAGAGGGCUCCAGUUUACCUUCAACUCAAGCCACCGUCUUACUUUUUCACCCCGAGCGAGGACACAUCACAGCGAUCAUGGAUGGGGAAGCCAUCACAGCCAAACGAACCGCAGCAAUGUCAGCCAUAUCAGCUAAAAUGUUAAUGCCAGCUCUUUCUGAGGUGCUGUGCAUCCUUGGUUCAGGACAACAGGCUAGAAGCCACUAUGAUGUCUUUACAAAAGUCUUCAAAUUCAAAGAGGUCCGCAUUUGGAGUAGAAGGAGAGAAAUGGCUCAACAGUUUGUUAAUGAUCUCCAAGGCCCUGUUAGAGUUUGUUCUUCAGUGAAGGAGGCUGUGAUGGGGGCUGAUGUAAUUGUCACAGCCACAGGUGCAAGUCAACCCUUACUCUUUGGAGAGUGGGUCAAACCAGGUGCCCACAUAGCAGCGGUCGGCGCGUGUCGGCCAGACUGGAGGGAACUAGAUGACGUGUUGAUGAGAGCAGCGGUGGUCUAUGUGGACAGCAGAGAGGGGGCGACCGCAGAGUCAGGAGACAUCAUUCUGUCUGGAGCACACAUUUUCGCAGAGCUUGGAGAGGUUAUAAAUGGAUCCUUUCCUGCUCAGCGUGAGAAGACUACAGUAUUCAAGUCACUGGGAAUGGGGAUCCAAGACGCUGUCUCAGCCAAACUAGUGUUGGAGAAGUUGAAGAGCGAACACUGAAGAACCAAAGUCACAACUUCCUCUGAUCGUACAACUUUCCAUUGUAAUGGUGGAGCCUUUAACCCAGUCAAUGAUUAUGAGAGCAUAAACUGCACUUACUGUUAUACACUUUUAAAGAGAUUAAUGCGUAAUCAAGUUUUAAUCGGUAACAUAAAAUAAAUGAUGCAUUUCUGUAGGGCAACAAAGUGAGUUUAUUUUAGGUAUUUAACCUGACUUCAGGACAGAGCAAGUGCUAAAAAGCGGAGUUUAGCACAAAGAUGUGAUUUAGGCCCAAUCCCAAUUCUAUUUUUGUACCCCUACAAAGUGGGAAGGGGAAGGGCUUCAAAAUUUACCCCUAAGAAAUGGAACAGCACUUCACAUCAUCAUAUGUCAUCGCAAUCUCUUGCAGCAUAUGAGAUCAGACGAUCAUGACUGCUGUAGUUAUUCCAGUUGGGUUAUUUUUUGGUAUUUAUCUUCAGGAAAUAUAUCAUAGGCAUGUAUUAUGUUAUCAUAAUAUAAUGUGGCAAUAAGAUCGUAACUACUGUGCAUUUACACAGUGGCCAUAUUCAUCUAUGUAAACACAUGAAAACAACACUAACAUUAUAGCAGACACUGUAAAAAGCUCAUUUCAAGCCACUAGACUUUUCUGACAGAGUAUUAGAGUGUCAGAGUGUCAGAAUGUUGUGGGACUACUAUACAGGAGUUAUGAUUAGGGAUUAUAGAUAGCAAAAUUCAGUGGUUUUUGUUUUAGCAUUUUUUUUUAAAGGUAUGACUGUAAAACACGAACGCGGUUAUGAAUGUAUUAAAACGUGAUAGUUUGUUGUAGAAGUUCAUAAUAAUGACAAAAUAAAAAAAUAAAAAUACCUCCAGCUGCAGCUAUCCUGCCACUGUGGCUGGUGAAUUCUGGGAAAUCUUAUCCCUUGGUUAAGUGUGGUCCUGAAAAAUCUUCAUUCGAAGGGCUAUCUACCCCUUCCCUUUAACCCUACACCUUCAUGGAAAUGGGCAAAACAAGGUGUAGGGAUAAGGGGAAGGGCUAAAAUUGAAAUUGGGCCUUAGUCUCUGAAACUGGGGGUAAAUGGCAUCACACUGAGCUGAGAAAGUGGUCCACUUCAACACAGCUUUGUGUUUAUUACUCUUGCAAACUACUCCAAGCCAAACUUUCUGGGACUUUAGACAUAACUUGCAGACAAUAGAAGGCUUCUGUGUGUUAAUAAUUCAAGUAUAGCCUGGGUUUAACUUCUGUUCAGACUUUAAUUUGUCUG